CGGAUUCUUCUAACUUCAAGUAACUUGGCGUGAGCUUGCUGAGGCUCAUGUGGAUCAGCGCAUUUCCAGGAACGGGAGGCACGAAUGCAAAAGCGCUCACAAUCCCUGUCGCAAACAGGAGAGCCAAGCGUGGAAGAAACGAAGAACACACGUCGUCCACUGGCUGUCGCGGCCACCUCCAGCUCUCCCGACAAUUAAUAACUACUACGCCAAGCCACUUUUCUUACGUCUCGUUCCAUCCAUCUUCUUCCGGUUGAACCAUACCGUCUUCCGAUCAUGACACCGUGGACUGCUGCCUCGACUUCUUGCUGGCUUGACCUUUUCCUCUCCCCUGCUUUUCCUGGUGAUGCUCCCAGGCGCGCAGACGACUGAGCUGCGCAUCCUCUCUCUCACUCUCUCUCUGAUCGGAUGCCUUGAGUCUGCGGCGGCAGUGUGUCGCUGCUAGCGCGCAAGUUAGUAAAAGAAUAUGUGGCGAAGAACAUACCUCUUCCUAGUUCUGGUCCGGCUGUGGUUUGCGCUGUCGCCGAGUUACCUACACCCAGAUGAGAACUUUCAGGGCCCGGAGGUUAUUGCCGGGGAAAUCUUUAGCUAUCCCGUCCGACGUACUUGGGAGUUUACAAGCGAUAAUCCGAUACGAAGUGUCUUCCCGCUAUGGCCGGUUUACGGACUGCCGAUGCUCUUAUUGCGAUGGUUGUGGAUAGGCAAUGGAAAGGACGGCGAGAUACCACCCAUCGCCGUUUUCUGGACCCUGCGGGUGCUCAUGUUCAUCGUCAGCUUUGUGCUGGAGGACUGGGCAAUCCACGAGCUGAUCAAGUCGCGCCGGCAUUGGCGCCUUGCCGUCCUCCUUGUCGCGUCUUCAUAUGUGACGUGGACAUACCAGACACACACGUUUUCGAACUCGAUAGAGACGCUAGUUGUGGCCUGGAGUCUGGUGCUCAUCGAGCGCAUCGUGGAGAGCCCUCAGCGGGGUUCGGUUCUCGCCUCGACCGUUCUCGGAGUCGUCGCUGUCUUUGGGGUGUUUAACAGGAUCACGUUUCCAGCAUUCUUGUUAAUCCCAGGGCUUCGUCUUCUGCCCUACUACUGGAAACAGCCCGUCUCCUUGGUAGCGAUCCUCGCGGCUGGACUCUGUACCACCGCGCUUGCGAUCAUCCUUGACACAGCGUUCUACAGUACCCAUCCGAUAUCCUGGUCCGACCUGCUCCGAAACCCCGUCCUGACGCCUAUCAACAACAUCCUAUACAACAUCUCAGCAACCAACCUGGCGAAACAUGGCUUACACCCGUGGUAUCAACACCUGCUGGUAAACCUACCACAGUUGCUUGGGCCCGGGGCGCUUCUCCUGUUCGCGCGGCCAAAGCGCUCUUGGCGACUUUACUCCGCAAUCUCGGGGAUCGUAGUGCUUUCCCUCUCACAGCACCAGGAGGCUCGGUUCCUCCUCCCAACUGUGCCGCUUAUUCUGUCAUCCGUCCGUCUGCCCAGGAACGAAAAGCUGCUGCGAGCUUGGGCGGUCUCUUGGGUCAUCUUCAACAUCCUUCUUGGGACGCUGAUGGGCGUCUACCACCAAGGCGGGAUUAUCCCGGCCCAAGUCUUUAUGAGCAAGCAACCGGAUGCUACACACGCUAUCUGGUGGAAAACGUACAUGCCACCGAUAUGGCUGCUCAACGGCAAGAAUGAGGUCUUGCGCACGCAGGACGUCAUGGGAAUGAAAGGCGAGAUGCUUCUCGCUGAGCUGGACAAGCUGGCGACUUGCGACACCCCGGCGGACAGGAGAAGCAUGGAGUACCUGAAGGAGAAGAACGGGACGUACCUGGUGGCGCCACUGUCUGCGACGUGGCUGGACACCUAUCUUCCGAAUAAAGGGCUCGAAGGGCUGAGAUUUCGCGAAGUUUGGCGCUAUCAGCAACAUCUGAACCUGGACGAUUUAGACUUUGGGGAGGACGGCGUUUGGAAUACGCUUUCUAGAGUAAUUGGGAGGCGGGGUCUUGCUAUCUGGAGAGUAACGAAGAGCUGUCCUGGGGCAAAGGGUAAAUAGGACGUUAAUGUGGGUGGAAGUUUGUAUUUCAUGAAUGCAGCAUCCGUUACAUGUGUACGGACGGAUCAUGGAUGUUCUUCGAGGACCCUGAUGGCCACUGCUCGCCCGCAGGGAUGAUGAGCUGCAGAGUCCCACUCCCGACUGCGCGGCUCAUCAGUGCCCCACAAGCUUGUCGCAUUUUGGACUCUUGGGAGUCGAUCGACUGACG